UCAUUGCCGGUGCCACCUCACCUGCGCAAACGCGCGAUCAAGCCUGACACGGAGACGAGCCCAACAGUUGCUCAAACUACACCAGGCGCUCCUUCCCCCGAGAAGACCACGACCGAGCGCGCGAUCACUAUGGGUGAUCAUUUCCUCUCCAACCCGAAUAACAAUUCUGCGGGUUCCACUAGCGCAACACCUGCCUCGUCAUUCACGACAUAUAAUCAAGACUUCCUGAAACAGGUCGGUGUGAAAUGUGCCAACAAGCUUCCUCCAGCAAGCGCUAUUCAAGCAAUGUUUCUCUAUGAGAUGCAACGCCAGACUGAGGCUGAAAAGCUCUUCCACGCUCAGAUGUUCGAGCUCGCCAAGGCAGAGGACCAUACCCAUGCGCAGGACCGCCGCAUCGCUGAACUUGAGACUCGCAUGGCUCAGCUGGAGCGGAGGAUGGCUGCUCGCGACGUGGACGAGCGUAUCGCGACCUCAAAUGUCCGCCUCAAUGCACACCAAGAGAAGCUUAACGCCUGCUCUGGUCGCUUGGGUUGGGCUGAGCAGAAGCUCGCUACGGUCGAUCAGCUGCUGGCUGACUUGAAGAAGAGCCAAGAGGAUGCUGCUGCGGCUGCUGUGGCUGCUGCCUCUACUCCAGCAAUCACAGUGUCUAACACCUACAACGAAGAUGUGGCGACUAUGAAGGAGGAGGUCAAUAUCCUGUUCGACGAUCGUGACGGAAUCAUCAGCAUGAUCAAGGAGGUCAAGGAGAAUGUCGCGCGCCUCGACAGCAACAUCAAGCAGCUCACCAUUCAGCGUAGCUCUACAAACAGCUCACCAGCCAGCACGCAUCGCAUACCUAUCAAGAACCAGAACGGCGAAUUGAUCGAGCUGAGUGUUCCCAAGGGAAGCUCUUUCGGCAUCAAGGAGAAUCGCGGUCCUGUUCAGAGCUUCCAGCCUGGUAAGCCGUGGGGCGUCUAG